CGAAGUAUGCGUGUAAAUGCCAUGUGAAACAACCAAAAUAUAAAUAAACCAGCCCACGUGACGCGACGCGACCAAUGGCGGUUCGGCUAAGCCUGACGUCACAUGCGCAACCCAAGUGCGCGGGCUGGCAAGAGGCAUCCAAAAUGCCGUCGACUGCUGAUCAGAAGACUGCGCUGCCUACACAAACGGAGAAACCAAACCAUUACAACUACCUGAAGGAGUUCCGUGUCGAGCAGUGUCCGCUGUUCGUGCAGCACAAGUGCACGCAGCACAAGCCGUUCACAUGCUUUCACUGGCACUUCAAGAAUCAACGGCGCAGAAGACCGAUACGGCUCGCGCGAGACGGCACCUUCAACUACAGCCCUGAUGUGUACUGCACAAACUACGACGAGACGACGGGGAUAUGCCCCGACGGUGACGGGUGCCGCUUCCUGCACCGCACGGCGGGGGACACAGAGCGUCGCUACCACCUGCGUUACUACAAGACGGGCAUCUGCGUGUACGACACGGAUGCACGGGGCAACUGCGUCAAGAACGGCCCCCACUGCGCCUUCGCACACGGCCUGCACGACCUGCGCUCGCCCGUCUACGACGCCAAGGAGCAGCAGGCGUGCCUGGCCGGCGAUGGCAGCUCGGCCAACGGCCCCGACGACGCCACGAACGGCGGACCCAACAGCUUGGACAAGGAGCGGAAUGCGCUCAACGAGGACCCGCAUUGGCAGGAUACAAAGUAUGUUCUAACUAACUACAAAACUGAGCCAUGCAAACGGCCACCCCGACUCUGCCGGCAGGGUUAUGCGUGUCCCCAGUACCACAAUAGUCGAGACAAGCGACGAAGCCCAAAGAAAUAUAAAUACAGGUCAACGCCGUGCCCCAACGUGAAGCAGGGCGACGAGUGGGGGGACCCGGCCAACUGCGACAAUGGCGACAGCUGCUCCUACUGCCACACCCGCACCGAGCAGCAGUUCCACCCAGAGAUCUACAAGUCGACCAAGUGCAACGACAUGCAGCAGGCCAACUACUGCCCCCGGGGACCAUUCUGCGCUUUCGCGCACGUCGAGAAGGAGAUCUCGGCCGUCCGGGACCUCGGGCCCGACUACUCCACCAACCUGGCCGCCAUCCUGUCCAGCGCCUUGCCCUCUUCGUCGUCCUCGGCAAAUCACCAGGGAAGUUCCGGUUCCCCGGCUUGCAAGAAUGACAACCCUUUCUCACACGUUGGGUCACACGAUCACAUGGCCGAGCAGCAGCAGCAACACGCGGCGUCUUUAGGGGAGAAAGCGUGGUAUGCUGCACAAGCAAAUGAUUGUAGCAACAACCCCUUGCCCAACCCCAUUGGACGGCCCCGCUCAUAUAGUUCUUCCACUAACCACUCGUCCGAGUCGUUACCACUGCACCAGAAGGCCCCAGGCUCCGAGCGAGAGGACCGUGAGGCUAGCAUUCGCAAGCAGCUCAAGGCCAUUGACAAUGAGCCCAUGGCGGACCCCCUGGAGAAGGCGCGCCUAAAGCAGGACGUCUGGCUGGUGCACGGACUCACACCACCCCCGAUGACGUCGACAGCCUCCUCCUCCUCGUCCUUUUACCACUCCACAAACACAGUGGAAUCGGUUGUCGGUGUAGCACUUGACGACCUUAGCCUGGAAGACAUCAAUGUCGAGGCUUCUAUAGACAAGGAUCUAGAAAAUGAUUCCAACCCCGUGAGCACAUCAAUAACGCAAGGGCUAACAAGUUCAGGUUUGCUAGGAAGUUCGGCACCUAUGAACAUUCCGGGGGCAAGCGGCAUGCACUGCAAUCGGCGGCUCGGAGGCAACAUGUCGCCCCCCGUGGGUUCCCUACCCCACAGCCUUGGCCUGCAGUCCAGCCAUGACCACGCAAUGGACAAGGCGGCUGCAGCCUUCUACAGCCACUCCGGUGGAGCGGGCUCCUUCUCGGGACCCAAGUACCCGGGCUUCCCGGGCAUGUACGACUUCAGCCAGGGGGCGCUGUCGUCCCCAUCUUCGUCACACUUGCUCUGGGAUGACCGGAUGGCCCCCAAGGCGCCCCCAGGGCUGCACCAGCCCAUGCCGGGCUCGUGGGAGGAAGGCCUGGUGCAGGCGCGAGCCGUGUAUGAGGCAUGGAAGCGGGAAGUUGAAGAGGCCAAGCACAGGGAAAAGAUGGCUGAAUGUCAACGAGACGAGGCCCUGGGUCAGAUGGCCCUACUGCAGAAGGAGCUGGAGGCCCUGGCGUCUGGGCGGGCGGCUGGCUUUGGGCCCCUGCGACUGCAGGAGCUCGAGAAGCUGCCGGCCACCCAGCUGCGCCUGCUCCAGGAGCAGCUGCGCGCCGACUUGGAUGCCGUGGACAAGGUUCUGUACCAGCAGCAGUGCAAGAGCAAGUGCCUGGUAUGCCAGCAGCAUAACCGCAGCGUGGCGGUGCUUCCCUGCAACCACCUGGUGCUGUGCGGCACGUGUGCGGCUGUCACGACCAAGUGCCCCUACUGCAGCUGCGACAUCGCACGCAACAGCCUGCCCAUGUCCCUGUAGGGCACGCCCCUUGUGAGCCAGCGCCGUGGGAAGGCGUGCAAUCCACUUAACACUCCCAUUUUUAAAAAAUUCUCUCUUCCCAUCAGUGAUGCGAGGGCUUUUGUGUCGAGUCAUGCCCCCCCGGGCAGCCUGCAGGAGUUGGUAGUGGGCAGAAGGUGCUGAAGACAGUGCGUUUUAGCCGUACCAAGCAGCUCUAACGUGCAGCAGUGUAGGUGAUGGGACCUUGAAUAACGCACACUUCCGGUUUGAGAGGGUGGCCCCCAACUAUGAAGACACAGACGAGCAUGUUUCAUCGUAGGUGUGGGCUGUAGGGUCUCCCUUCCUCUUUUUUCUUACUCCCGUUAAGCUGCUGGUGGUUCUGUGCCUGAUUGACUGACGUCUGUUACUCGAGCUGCAGGCAAUGUAUUAGCAAAUUUGUGUUAUAGUUAACUGUUCGCAAAGGUACACGAACCACUGGGUGCAGUUUACGAGUGCGAUCGUUUCGCGGGACUUUUCGGUGACCGCUGCUGCGCACCGGGUAGCUGCUUUGUGUGCGGCCAAAAAUCAGAUUGACUCUGCGGAAGACAGGCCUUUUGGAGUGCAAACUGGUCCCAGAAUGGAAUGCUAACAUGAAAAGAAGUGCUGUCUGCUGGUGCUUUUUUCUGUCUGUCAAGAACUGGCUAUGAAAAUGCACCGGUCAUGGGAGGUUACAUCCAAAGAUGUGUUGCUUAGGGCAUAACUAGGAAAGCCGCUUCUGAGUUGGCACCUGCUUGCUGGUGGUCGCCGCACCCGAAGACGCACUUCGUUUUUGAGCCCUGCUGGUGAACUGGUUCUCACAACAGUGGUAGUCACCAGUGCUUGAAAGAAAAGUGCGAUGUCUGCUGGUUUUAGCCUGCUGGGAAAAUUGUGUCAAUUUUUAAGAUCCUUCAUGGACUUUCUUUUUACUAGUUUUUCCAAAGCACUGGUAUCUUCAUUACUGUUUAGUUGUUCAUAACAGUUGCUGGUACUAGCUCUGUGAAUUAUGUUUUUGGUUAUUUCAUUGGAUGAAGUUGGCUGAAAAUCAUGUUAGCAUUCUGUAAUCUGUUACAUCCAGCAGCCACUGAUUAGAGUACAUUUCUUUUAUGUUGAUUGUUUUCCUUGCAUGCUAAAGCAUGGCGUUCUGUUGCUGCUGCUGUUGAGUCGGCAAGUAGCAGACUAAUGACGCGGUGCUUGAAAGAAAAGCGCGAUGUCUGGUGGUUUUAGCCUGCUGGGAAAACUGUGUCAAUUUUUAAGAUUCUUCAUUGACUUUCUUUUUACUAGUUUUUCCAAAGUCUUCGUUACUGGUGAGUUGUUCAUUAGUUGGCUGAAAAUCAUGUUAGCGUUCUGUAAUCUGUUACAUCCAGCAGCCACUGAUUAGAGUACAUUUCUUUUGCUGCUGUUGCUGCUGCUGUUGAGUCGGCAAGCAGCAGACUAAUGACGCGAUUGUUGCCUGUUUUCUGUGUUGUGCUCCUGGAGAUUUUCAAUGAAGUGGUGGUUAUGAUGUUUUUAUUUCCGACCGCGACAUUGGUAGGUUUUGUGCGCUGAAGAGUGCAUUCUCACAAAAGUUGUAAGCUCUGUCUGCGUCUCCACACGUUCGUAUUAAAAAAACUGACAACUCCGUUCGGGCAUGUAAUGUGGCAUUAUAACAAGGGCGACGGUUUUGUUCGAAGAAUGCAAAGCACAUGAAACAUGGCUCUGUCGUAUCCUUUCUGCAAUCUAGAGACGAUAAGGCAAAAUUUUGUUUUUUUAGGCUUGCUUUGCUAGCAAAAGGAGUCCAAGCUUUUGGGAGGUCAUUGAGUAACGGAGGACAUACUUUAUGCGAGUAGUGUUCUGGUGUCUCAUUACAGAGGUUUCUGCAGAAUCGUGUUAGUUGUAUUACGUCUUUCGAAACUUGGCUGCUAAGUUGCUAAGAACUAGCCGCCCAGGAUCCAAAUCGGGGAAUGCACUUUUCGGCGUACAGAACUCCCAACGGUGUCUUUGUUUUGAACGUGACCGUACAGGGUUGAAGUGAGCGAUAUUUCUUGGAGUGAGAUUUCGUUAUGUUGUUCCUUGGCACUGGCUGCAGGAGGCUUUUGCAUACCGACUGAAAAUCACUACGUAAUGUCUUGACUGGAACCAUGAUGCUGCUGUGCGUGUAAUGUUUGUCACACUGAGAAGGUGAGCAGAGCUCUCGAAAGGUGAAACUGUCUCGGUGGGUCCUGUUUUCUUCCAAGUUUUUUUCCUUCUGGCUUAACUGAAUCUUGCUUCUUGUACUAUUUGCAUGCUUCUUAACGAAAUUUUUCAGGUUUCCUAGUUUGCAGCUGCCCAACUCGGUGAUACAUGUGCUUUACUAUUCCCGUAUCCCUCCCACCUCACGAGAGCGUUUGCAUCUUUCUUGAGCAUGUCUGCGCAUGAGGGGCAUUGAAAUGUGAAGGUUGACGAGGCCAUCGGCCUUGUUUCUCAUGGCUGUGCUUGCUGGUAUUGCUGCUUUCACGGCACCGUUUCUUUAGAGUGAGAGUCGGUAAGACAGCGGAACUGCGGAUUACUUCGCUGCUUCUGGUGAUGCGGGGGAAACCUUUGGUCUAGGGAAUCUGCCUUUGGGGAUGUGUGUGCAUGAGAAGAGGAAUCAGUGAGGUGUUUGCGGUGUCUACAAUGCCAGUGUUGCUUCUGGAUGUUUGGCACAGAUUGUGAUCCAUCGUGUAUGCUGCGAUUUUCGCUCGAUCGUCACAACUUUUCCAGCCAUACGUGUGGGCGCAGUAUUCGGAUAGGUGGCGUGUGUUUUCCGCAAGGCAUUUCUUUCCUUGUUUUUAUUUUAUUUAGCUUUUUACUACUCUUGUGACGAGAUGUCAGUGAGACUUGUGUGGCAAAGCAAACGGAGACGCCUUUCCUGCGCCGCGUUGGCAGGAGUGCCGAAAGACACGAGGUGUAGAGGUGCAGUUAGGACGUUAUUUCAAUUGACUGCUGUCUCAUAUUGCCUAGGCAGGUACACUACCAGUUGGGCUGCAGUGGUGAUCGUGUUGUGUGCGUUGUGGUGCAUGUUUGUGGACAGGCCGAGCGUCGAGAGCCAGGGCAUUUGCUCCAGGUGGAUGGGUCAGGGUGUUUGACAGGCCGAGGCGGACGCGUGACGGAAGCUAGUACCGCUACUAGCUAGCACUACUUCUACUACCUUUGGUCACUGUGGCUUCAGGUUGCUGCGGAAGUUUACAGACUUCGAUAUUCUGUCCUUCCUCAGGCUGCUGUAGCACAGGACAGCUUGCUCUACCUUCCUCAAAGAAAGUAGGAUUAUGUGUGCGAUGCCAUCUCGCAAGCUUGUUCUGUCCUGCUCUCGCACUUUGCUUGGCAGGUACCUCUCUUCUGUUCCUGGUGCCUCACCUUGUGUAUUCAGCCGUGCGUCGUCUGCUAAAGUUGGCGUCUGCUUCUUUUGGUAGCCAGCGGAAGCGUAGGUGUGGUCUGAGGCGUUUCGUCUGUAGCUCAGUUCUUGCUACAUAGGAUUGUGUUGCCUGGUUCCUGAGAGCUCUUUCCCCACCUCCCUCACCCACCGACUUUCGAAUCCCAUUCUUUUGCGAUGUUGUGUCGAUAGCAUGUCUCGUUGCUGUCUUUUCGCUCGGUUCUUACUGUUGGAUCGUGCGCAAAUGCACGCGGACAACGUAAUCUGAACCAAGGAGGGCAGAAGUGUGUGGGGCUGUUAGUUAGUUCCUUCGAUUUUUUUUUCUCCCUUUUUCUUCCCGUACAUGUUUGCCCUCUUCCUCACUAACCGCGUCUUCUUAGCAUAAGUGGAAUAGUGAAAAUUCCUGUUGUGCUCGGGUGGGAGAGGGAUUUUCUUCUAAACUUUUUGAAGACCUAGCGCUGUAACCAGCUAUUGAUAGUUUAUAUAGUAGUAUAAUGUAUUUAUGUAUAUCUAUUGUAUGUACUAUCUUAUGGAAGGAGAGCGGGCUGCCUUGGUGGGCGGGUUAUUAAGUGAUUACCGUUUCUCUAUUACUGUUUUUUUUUUCCCCUUUUCGAGACCCUAUAUAUAUAUAUAUAUAUAUAUCUCGUCUCUCGCAAACCAUGUGGGAGGCUGUGCUGUUGUGGCCACAUUGUGGCGACAAGAACAACUUUAUUAUUGUGGGAUAAAAAAAAAUAUUGAAUUUAUAGGAAUUUUCACGAGAAUGGAUAAAAAGAAAAAAAAAGCAAGUAAACUUAGGUGUAAAUUUUAAACUAACAAAUUGAAUGCACAGUUAGGUCAUGUUGUUUUCUAUCUUUUUUUCUUUUUUUUUUCUUUUCAUAAUCAACGGUGUGCAUCUCUCUCCCGGAGGAGGGAAAGAACAUUGACGUGUCGGGCGCGCGCAUGUGUGUGCGUCCUUUGUUCGAUGCCGGCGGUUUCCCCUUUCUAAGAGAAACGAGCGAGCAUUGGCGGGGACGCUUGUCACUUCGGCAGCGCGAAGUUGCAGAUGUUUUUUUUUUUUUGUGUGUGUUGGAGUUGUCGACGUAGGUAGGGUUUUUCUUGUUCUUCUCUGAGCUAUUUUUCUAUUCCAGUUUUUGCCCCUUGCGCCUCCUAUGACUUCGAAGGCUUGACUUCGUACCAAACGCACAACUAACUACAAGAGGUCGCACUGCGUCUUUUAUACAGCUUUCUUGCAUUCAUUUUCUUUAAAAGAAAAAAAAAGAAACCUUUUUCCUGACUUUGUCCGGUUUUGUUCAGAGUUGCUUGCCCUUUGGUAGAUGAAUGGCUGGCUCUGAUGGACCAGUUAGUGACUCGUCACGCGUGGCUAAGAGCUUCUUCUGUCAUGGGAUAAGCGAUUGGGUCCCGAUUGUUGGGUGACAAAAAAAAAUGAAAAGAAAGGUGCAGUUAAGGGCGUCGGUCCCAUUUGCUAGAGGAUGCCGGCCGAAAAGGCGUUGCUACGCACCCGGCCAUGGCAACGCCUUCGGUUUGAGUGGAGACAAAGACGGACGAGUCGUUAGUUCUUUCUUUCUCCUCCUCGUCAUAUUUUUUAUUGCUGUAAAUAAGAAAGCGAUCGCAACAUAAUUCCUCACGAGGAUACAACACUUCUGUAUCUUCGCUCAUACCACACAAGCACUGAACUAACCUCUCUGCUGAACACUGUGUCGAGAAGCACGCAAAUGUGCGACACCGUGCGACAUUUGCACACGACUCGCAAAAAAAAAAACAAGAAAAAAACAACACUCACACCAGCAUUACACACAAGCUAGGUCAUUAUUGUAAACUUGUAGGAACAAAAGUACGAGUAAAGGUGUAAAAAAUAAUUCAAUAAAAUAAAAAAAUGCAAUUUUUUAAAGAAAGGUUUACCAUCGCCGGUAUGCAAUGCGUGGGCGCGUUGCUUACGUCGCUACGAUUGCUCGUAGGCCCAUGCGCAUUUGUCGUGCUCUUCUGGUUGCCAUUGAAAAGAAAAAAUGGGCCUUCCUGGGAUGCGUCGAUGCUGCCUGGUACUUUUCACACCGAGGUCUUGCCUGUGGUGCCGUCAACACUGUCUCUGUGGAUUCUGGCGUGCUGUUGCUUCACUGUCUCCGUAGCAAAGAGCGCGAGAGGAACUUCGCGCAUUCUUUGAGAAAUGUCGCAUAAAUAAUGUUGGGUAUGCGCAUAUAUUCUGGAUAAACUGCGGGCUCGUUCACACCCAAAUCUUGCUUCGAGGUGACAACAACUUUAAUGAAACGGUUCGUUACUAGGCUGUUUUGCCCAAAUUAGCUGGCUGUAAGUAUCUGUCAGCUGCAAUGAUGACAGACGUAAACUUGGCAGGAAUGGAACAGGAGUGUAAUCUUGUACUGAAAUAAGGCAUGUGGUUUGUUUCACCCUUACAGUCAAAGGUGGCGCCACCUAUCCAUUGCAGAAAAAUCUCCAUAUUUUAAGUUGUCGUUGCAGACAAGAGAUACUUGCGAUUCGAUGAAACUAGCUGUGAAAGGCACUGUGAAUCACUACCUACAUGCGAAAUUUGAGCUCAAGCUAACGAUCUGUUUAACCGGAAUAGUCUGGUAUACCUAGUGCUCUCACAACAUUGAGUGUGAUCACGCAUCUACAUUGGCAAACACUGAUGACCUCCUGGUAGCGUAGGCCCCGCCAUUGUUUGAAUCUCUUGAUACUCUUGUUGGCUGUGUGCAUGCCAUACCUACUUUCUUGGCGGUCGUCGCAUGUCACCGUUAUGAUCUUUGUCGGUGUCAUUUGGGACCCAUUGCGGGGAAGUCGGGUUGCCUCGCAUUUUCCACAAAAUCGCUGCCGAGAUGGUGUUAAUAGCAUUACUGGCAGGCCUGUGUCGUGCCAACCUGAAGUAGACAGCAGCCACUUUCUGCGCUGUUGUGUGGGCGGUACUUUCGCACUCGCCAAUCAGGUUGUGCAAAAUCAGUCGUAUGUAGUUGUUUUCUAGGCUUUCUUUUUUUUCUCUCUCCCCCCCCCCCCCACUUUCUUUAUUAUAGAUCAUUGCAUUUUCCCCCCUUGUAAGUCUUGCUCGAUCACGUUUAGGUGGCGGUUGCAACGCAUAUCUGUUUGUUGUGCGAUUAUUGUGUCCUUGUGCAUGUUGAUAAGUGUUAUUUGUUUUAUUUUUUUCCUUAUCAAAGUUACUUUUGCAUACUUUAAGCGCACCGAGAGAGGAAACUUGGGGUUGUUCGUUUCACACUUGUCGUCGUUGGGACUUUGAAAGUGAAAGCAGCACGUUGUGCUGUUGGAGUUUGGAUUUUGUUGAAAUUUGGACCUAAAACUCUCGUAUGGGAAAGUGCUGUUUAUGGUGACUGUUUGGCAAAUCCUUUCUACGUUUUCUUUCUGCAUUUGCCAAGAAAAAAAAAAAUUACAGAAAAACUAACUGUCGCUGAAGUAGCAUCUGUGUUCCUCCUGUGGCCUGCUUGGGACGGCUGCAGCACAAAUCGCUUGGCAGGUGUGAAGCGAACACCAUCAAGUUUUCUCUGCAUCGCCACUAGGCUUUAUUUCAAGUAGUAGUUGACUAGGGUUUAAAAAAUAAUGCUGCCAUAUUCAAGCAAAUCUAGAAUUAUAAAUGGGUCAUUGUUGGCAACUUAUGAAUCCUUUGUGUGUGUGUGUGCGUGCGUGUGAUUUUAAAAAAGAUUUUUAUUUAGUUUUUCUUUUUUGCUCAUGUGGGCGUCGCUGUGCUUGGGAGCCCGCAUUCUGCAGUGAACGCGGUUCUCCAGGCAGAAAAAGACUAGAGUUGGCAAUGCAGUGAUGUCUGUAUAGGAUGAUGCUACAUGUAAGAUAACGGCUUUUUUGUGACUGCUCGCAGUGGAAAUUAAUCGACACGUAAGAGUUCUUGGAGCUCAACCUUGUAACCCAGUUUUCUCAAAAAGAUUAGCCGCCAAAGUUAUACGAUAAUUUUCUUAUGCCCUAAUGCGUUUGUUAUUCGGCUACGGCUGUCAUGAACGACCUGAGACGUACCGCCAUUCUUGUGUGCGUUUGUUUACUUGUACCUGGCUGAUAGAACCUUAUAUUGCCUGUUUCGUUGCUUAAUUAUUUGUAUUUAUAGCCUGUUUAUGACUAGCCAUUAGUUUUGUUCGUUGUGUUUGGCACAGCAAUUGGUAGGGCAAACACCUUUUGACUUCUGAGGUUUGGCCAUGCGUGGGCAACGUGCCCCAUUCCAUGGCGAAUGCGCAAAAGAAAAAAAAGGGGACAAUGUCUGGAUUGGGCAGUGAAAUGCCUACGAGUGUAUACACUGGUCGUAUGUACGAGACUGUCGUCCGCUCAGGUCAGGUUUUGGAUUGUCGACAUCGUUCUCUCGCAGACGUUUUUGAAGAGCUUGAUUGCAGAGUCUUCAGCCAUAGGUUUAAAGAAAUGCCGUUGAGCAAUUCAAGUGUCGGGAGAUUUUUGUCGCCGGAAAGUAAGUUGGUUGUUGGGUCUCUUGUUUUCCAUCAUUAUGCGCUGUGAUGACGGUUUGGUUUGAUGGCUGUCAUGACGUUCCCGGUAUAAUAACCACCAGUACCACCGCAACCUCCAGUGUUUUAUGGACGUUUUUACAUGUGUACAUAACAUAGGCGUCUACCUUGUGCUAGGAUGUUUUGUGUGGCAAGUCAACUUUCUGGUGAAGGCGAAAGGGGGUCGACGUGUCGGCUCGUCAUAGGUAGAUAUUUUUGCUGGGGCAAUACUAUUUUUCUCAUCAAAUUGGAGUUUAUAGCGUUAGAGGGUCUAUGCAAAGGGCUAUGACGGCAUGCAAAGGGCUAUGACGGCUUUUGAAGGACAGGUCUGCAAGAGAUUGAUUGGCUGCUGCCGCCGAAAUGACGAGGAUAACGCGCAAUCAUUGAUGUGCAAGGAAAAAAAAGGGAAAAGAAAAAGCUUGUGAACUUGGAAUUGCUGGACAAAGUACUACUUGCUCGUCAGAAUUGUGUCCUUUACCACAUUAAAAAAAAAAAAAGUUUUAUAAGGUGAUGAUAUUUCUAUGAAUCUCUCGUAUCUUGUUUUUAUGGUGUCCUGGGUUCCGACGUAUCAAGCCAAAACUUUUUUUUUUUCUUUCAAACAAAGUGAUGAUCCUGUUUGUCUUGCGUUUAAGAUAGAAUGCAUCAACCUUGUUUGUUGCUGACCAAGUCUUGUUGAAAUUGUCUAGAACUGCUUGGCCUUGAUGUGUUACUUUUUUGUGUGUGACGCCCAUUUCUUAAUCUUUUUCGCACUUUCGAGGAAAGCUAGAUAGGUUUUUCUCUCUCCUUUGUGGUUACAUUUUGCUGGUGUCACUUUCUUGUCUGCGUGGAAAAAUUGUCGAGUCAUUGUUUUAUUUUGUGCGUUCUCUGUGACAUCAAAGUCAAAACUAAAUCAGAGGAGAAAAAAAAAAUGCGCGGCUCUUGUGUUCAUGUAGGAUCAUAGUCGAGAUGUUUAUUAUGGCUUUCUCUCUGUCCUCUGUUCCUUUGUUUCUCUCGUGACGAGAAAUUUGUGUAAUUGAAGUAUUUCUUAAAAUUUAGGCAUAAUUAUGUAAAUAAAAUGAACUAUAGGAUUUUA